ACAAUCUACUAGUUCUUCUUCUUUUUCUUCAAUCAUAAAACAACCUGCGAAGAAAAGGACGAUAAAAAUUCAGAAUCUUUUUGGUGACCCUUGUUCUCUAAUCGAUUACUCAAUCAUUUCUCACAGCUGGAUUGAAUCGAAAAAGGGCGAACAAAGAAAAGAAAAAGCUGCAGAAUCUGAAAUCUGUGAGUGAUUGUGUCUGUUGAAGAAGAGGAAACUAAAGAGUUUGUGGUUAAUAAAUGGCGAAAGCAGGAGGGAUCACGAACGCAGUGAACGUAGGAAUCGCUGUUCAAGCAGAUUGGGAGAAUCGAGAAUUCAUCUCACAUAUCUCUCUCAAUGUUCGUCGUCUCUUCGAAUUCCUCGUCCAAUUCGAAUCGACCACAAAGAGCAAAUUGGCAUCUUUGAAUGAGAAGUUGGAUCUUUUGGAACGUCGCUUGGAGAUGCUCGAGGUCCAAGUGAGUACUGCGACAGCAAAUCCUUCUCUGUUCGCUACGUGAAACACGCAUAGCCAGUAUCUGUUGAAAUCGAGAUCGAGCCUGAGCAUCUUUCGUUGAAUGUAUACCGUCGAAUCAUUCUUUCUUUCUUCCAUAGCUAUAGUAAACUAUAAUAGUCCACUAUUGAACUGUGUAUCGUUGUCUGCCUCCAUGUCUUUUGAAUGCCAAUAAACAUUUCAUUGUGUCAUAAAAUCGCUUGAUCAUUUUCUUCAACAAGAAUAUCUUUCCA